ACCAACCAAGAUCAGUAGCAAUCCACCUUGGCCACCAGACGGGUCAGUUCGCGGACAAGCAAGCAAGGCGCGCGCGCCGCCGGCGUGGACGGAUCGAAAUGGGCUCCUGCGUCUCGUUCUCGCGCUCGCCGCCGCCGGCGUCGUCGUCCACAGCAGCGGGGGAGUUGGCGAGGCGUCAGCGGGCGGUGGUGGCCACGUCCAAGGUUGUGAACCUGGACGGCUCCAUGGCGCAAUUCGCGGGGCCGGUCACGGCGCGCGAGGCGCUGCUGGAGCUGGCGCCGGGCCAAGCGCGCUUCCUCUGCAUCUCCGACGAGCUCGGCUUCGACGUGCCCGCCCGCGCGCUGGCCGCGGGCGAGGCACUCCGGCCGGGGCAGCUCUACUUCGCGCUGCCCGCGCCCAUGCUGCGCCGGCCGCUGUCCGGGGACGACAUGGCCGCGCUCGCCGUCCGGGCCGCCACGGCGCUCGCGGUCGAGGCGGGUCUCGCCGCCGGAGGCUUGUCUCCUCAGCGGCGAACGAAGAAGGGCGAGGCGGCGCCGGGCAACGGGCGGCACCGGCGCCGGCAGUCGACGGCGCGAGUGGCUCCGCUUCUCGUCGCCAGCGGCAAGGACGACGGCCUGUCCGACGACGGUUCUUGGAGCAGCGACAUGCGCGGCGGAUUAGCAACGCGCAGGACGGGUCACGACGGCGACCGCACGGCCGGGAAGGCGAGGGCCGGACGGGGAGCUGCUCACAGGAGCGGCGGCGCUCGUCGCCAUCGUCCCGGCGUGCAGCAGAGGUUAAGCGCCAUCGCCGAAGAUGAAGAGUAAUGCGCCGGUAAAUCGACGGAUUUGCUGAGUUCUGAUCUCGACCAGGGGAUGCCAAUGCAACCUAUAUUCGUCUGUCGUCGUCUCGUCUCGUCUCGUCUCGCUCCCCCGUCUUCGAAGAUCGGCGGAGAAGCGAACCAACGAGAUUUAUAUAGGAGUAGAGUAGCAUAUCACAGUGCCCGUGCAGGGCACGAGGGAACACAGGCAGCUCCGAUUCUUUCCUUUCGUGUGUGGACCCAGGAUUCGGAGAUACUAGAUUGAUAUUGAUGAUAUUAAUAAGAGACCAAA